AUGUAUUUAAUACAACUGAAUAUUGGAAGCUUCUUUGGGUUUGGGCAGAGUGCGGAGUUGGAGCUGGUGCUGAGCGAUGCAGAAAGCAGGCGUAGGGCUGAGCACAAGACUGAAGAGGGCAAGAAGGAGAAAUAUUUCCUUUUUUAUGAUGGGGAGACAGUAUCAGGUCGGGUCAUUCUCACCCUCAAGCACCCAAACAAGCGGCUGGAGCACCAAGGCAUCAAAGUGGAGUUCAUCGGACAAAUUGAGCUGUACUAUGACCGGGGCAACCACCAUGAAUUUGUCUCUCUGGUAAAGGACCUGGCCCGUCCUGGUGAGUUCACCCAGUCGCAGACGUUUGACUUUGAGUUCACACAUGUGGAAAAACCGUACGAGUCGUACACGGGGCAGAACGUGAAGUUACGAUAUUUCCUCCGAGCGACCGUCAGCCGCAGAUUAAAUGAUGUGGUCAAAGAGAUGGACAUAGUCGUGCACACGCUCAGCACCUACCCAGAGCUCAAUUCCUCUAUCAAGAUGGAGGUGGGAAUCGAGGAUUGCCUGCAUAUUGAGUUUGAGUAUAACAAAUCCAAGUACCACUUAAAAGAUGUGAUUGUUGGAAAAAUCUACUUCCUGUUGGUUCGGAUCAAGAUCAAACACAUGGAGAUAGAUAUCAUCAAGAGAGAGACAACAGGGACCGGCCCCAACGUUUACCACGAGAACGACACAAUAGCAAAAUAUGAGAUCAUGGAUGGGGCACCUGUGAGAGGGGAGUCCAUUCCAAUCAGACUCUUCCUGGCAGGCUACGAGCUGACGCCCACGAUGAGGGACAUCAAUAAGAAGUUCUCAGUGCGUUAUUACCUCGACCUGGUGCUGAUAGAUGAGGAAGUGCGGCGCUACUUCAAACAGCAGGAGGUGGUGCUAUGGCGGAAAGGAGACAUUGUGAGGAAGAGCAUGUCCCACCAGGCAGCUAUUGCCUCUCAGCGGUUUGAGGGGACGUCCUCCCAUGCGGAGGCCAGGACCCCCAGCCAGCCUGCAGAAAACAACAGCCGGCAGUGAAAGGCCCUGUGGAGCGAGGCUGCUGCAGAACCCACGUGCCCAGGGUUGGCAGCAGCAAGGAGUGAGAGAGAAAAUAUUUCACCAGAGACUUAUGAAAACCAAUAUCAGUUUUGACUUAAUUCUGAUUUUCGAAGGACCAGUAGGGUGGGGAGGGGGCAAUGCAAGCGACAGUGACUACGGGCACAAAGUUGAAAGUACCUCAGUGCUCCCCAACCUGCUUCAUUCCUCUGAGGGUAGGCUGCUUUUAUACAUGCAGGGGCCUUGGGGCUGCCUGUCUUUCCCGUUGCUAUGAGACCCCUUCACCAUGGCUGCGGGGAGGCGGGAGGGGGAAGGGGAAACUGGGCGCUCCGCCUCGGCGGUAGGUAUGUCACUUCGGGCCUGUAGGAAGGCAUUUUGCUGCCAUCCAAGUCUUUGUGAGGCGAGUAGGAGGAGAGCCUGAUGAAGCAUUUUAGCUGGAAGGUGGGAGUGUGCGUGAGCAGAGUAAGCUUGAGGUGUAGCCUGCUUGACGGGUUCCCCCCCCCCCCCCGUGAGACUGCUGCUAGCGGUUAUGUAACAAGUUGAAUCAGCCCUGUGAGUAGCAGAGCCAGGUUGUGCAGCGAAGCAGAUGACGCUGCCUUUGUGUCCCUGCCGUGGGAGCUCAUGGAUGCAGUGUCUUGGGAGGAAGGGGCCUUGUUUAACAUUUAAAAGUGCAGAUGGCAGCUGGGUGUGGAAUUGACAGGCCAAAGGACGCUGUAUAGGGCAGGCGAGGCAUGGGUGGGCAAGCAGAGCCGCUAGGCAGGGAAUCUGGGAGGAAACGGUCCAGGGAAAGGGGGAGCACAAAGCCAUGCUAGUCUUGGCUCUGGGAGGUUAGGGUGCAGUUUGUAACCCACGCUGCAUGAUCUAGCCAGGCGGGUGCAGCUGAGCCCUGGGGAACGUGGGUACGUUGGAGAUGGUGAGCGUGGCAUGGCAGAGCGGUUGUACGGGUGCCACGUGGUGCUGUGGGAAGCAGUUGCAGUCUGGUCUCUAGCUGUACAGGGAAAGCGUUGCAGCGAGAGGCGGUAGAAACAUGGCAGGAGCCUCUGAAGUGCUGCAGUAGACGCUGGCCAUCGCCUUCUGGCUUUCUCCUUGUUUUCAAUUUAUCUGAAUGAAACUCUGCUUCGUCUGGCCCUAGGGUUCAUCCCAGUGGUGCUGUGGUUAAACCUCCCAGGGACAUCCCUGACUGGCUGAAAAUUAUGAGAGUAGCAGGGUGGGGCAGAAGAGGACACGGGCCUUCUUUAAACACACCCGUCUGCAAAAGGCUUGAAGGAUCCCCCCGAGAACCUGCCAUGUGCUAGUACUACUCCUGGCACGUGGGACACCAUAACGUAAGGAGCUAUUGCCCCGGAUGUACUGAAGUGAAGCAGCAGGGUGUCUGGCACUGCUUCCUGAUUGACUGCUUGGUUGGGUCUGUUGAGGCUGGAAUUGGGUGGGACCUUUGGGCAUGAAGCUACCUGAGGACCCGGCACAUGGGAUGUCUUUCACUCUCUUAAAAUAAACGCCAGUUAAUGUUUUCAGAGGGAUCACGGGGAUGUCCUCGGACGGGCCUCAGCCCUCCCUUCAAGUUCAGAGAUCGCCUCUUAGACGUAACCCAUUGACUGGAUUUGGAUGUUCUGUCCUUCUUAGAUCCCUUUCUAGGAAGCAGGUAAUCAGACGCCAACCAGCAUAUGGAGGCAGAGACCUGAACGAAACCGGGACACCGGCUCCCUCUAACCGGAGCCGUACUAGUGAUUCCCCUGUGGGCUAGAAGCCCAUUGAUGUUCUGCCAGGCUUACUUCUCAGUCUGGCAUUUCCUUUGGUUGGAUGCAGAGCUGCUCUCUUGCUGCUGGGAAGUUCAGCUUCUUCUGCAAUAUGCUGUGUGUGUGACAGUGCCCCGCUGCCUGUAGUGAUGGUGGGGGUUGGGUGGGAGGGAGGGGACGUUUUCGUAGUAAGAAAGCUGCUGUAGUUCAGUGAUAAAUGUAUGUUUUCUGCUUGCCAAACUCAGUUUUAUUUUCACUGUCACCAGAUAGGGCUUUGGUUCUUAACCUAGAUGGGGAGUCCUGCUCUAUUCUUGGGGACCUGAAUUGCCUCUUUGCUGUGAACACUGGCAUCCCAUGUUCUGCACUGCCGUGGUGAGGUUGCGUGGCUCAUUCGGCCUCUGCCUGUGAGAGUUCCUUGCUGCGGGCUGGAACGGCAGUCUCCUCCCUCAGACCUUUUCCAGGCAGCUGCUUUGUUAAAUCACACGCAGGGGGGACGGUGUGGUUGGGCCUGGUGCAACAUGCAAACGGGGACACUAUUUCGGUGGCUGGCUAACGCUGCGUCUCCCCCAUUCGGAGGAAUCCAGGCAUGCUGUAGCAAUGCACAAUCAUUUGAAAACAGGUGAGGUUCCCCUUGGGUGGCAGCUCAGGUAACAGAGGGCAUCUGCAUGGUUGAGCCUAGCUCAGCUUCACCCUGACCCAUACUUUGCUUUCCCUCAUCUCGAAACAGCCCCCCUGAAAUCCCUUCAUGGUUGAAUACUCUUCUUGGGUGUAGCGUGUGGUGGUGGUAAGAAGCCCAAUGGGUGAACCCACCUCUGUAUUGGGCGAGUAAUGAGAUGGGAUAUGUGGAGAUUGCCUGCAGAUGGGAAUCCCCCUCUCUGGCAGAUGUUCCAACAGUGUCUGCUUGUCACUGUGAGAGGGGUUAGUCAGAAAACGUGCAUGCGCCUAAAUGUUUCCUUCUGCUAACUUUUCCUCACCUCUGUGUUCCCCGUCAUAGGACUAGGCUAUAGCCUCUCCCCUACCCCCAUUUUUACUUCUCUAAUUAGAUCAUUCAGCCUGCUUUCUGUUAUGCCUUGUGUUUCGGGUGAUGAUACCUGCUCCAUCUGCAAUGAUUGGGGCUUGAGAGAGGAGACCUGAAAUAUCUAACCCCACGCUGCUCCAAAAAAGAAAAAAACCAACAGUUUUAAGACUGGGGAGUGAUUGUGGCUUUUGCAGCCCACCCCAUGCUGGGUUGUUUUAUCCCGUGCUGUGGAUGUCCUCUCUCCCCUGGGCAGAUACUCACAGGGGAAGUGCAUAGGUACUGAACCAAGCAGUGCAACUUGUAAUUUAGCCUCUGCAGUGUUUACAUGUUUCUUAAUUGAUCAUCUUUUCAAUGGCUGUGUUUUAAAAUUUGUUUUUGUGUGUCAGAUUAAAAGGGCCAUCCCAGGCUUUGAAAU